AUGGAUCCUCUAUUAUCUAUAUCUGGGUGGUCGCGUUGUCUCGUCAUUUUGGGUGAGUGGAUGGUCGCCAGCUUUGAUCAGCCUGACGAGGUCGAUGCACGCGACUUCUGGACGCACGCCUGCCACUCUGGCGGCGCGGGCAUGUUAGGCGGAGUCGUCCACCUGUCUGGCUGGUUGACGGCCUUUUGCUGGUGGCGAGCAGACAGGGUCAGGCAAAAGGCGCACAGUGACGAGGAGCUGGUAAGAGAGUACUCAUGGCAGGAGAGAGACUGGGAGAGGCUGUGCUUGUCCGGGGUUGGGUUUCCGAUUAUCGAUCAGGUGGAAAUACCCGCCGGCCUCACGAGGGUUCCGAUCACAUUCGAACUUGAAGAAGAAAACCUUGGCAAAGAAAGAAAGGAAGACGAGAAGACGAUGAUACUAUUAGCAGGGUCUAUUGGCAUGAAGUUGUUGGACAGUUAA